CAUGACCUGAGCCGAAAUCAAGUCAGAUGCCUAAAUGACUGAGCCACCCAGAUGCCCCUAAAUUUGAAUGUUUUAAUAAAGCAAAUAUAUCUUACCCAAGUGGCAUAUCAUUUAAGUGAAAUGCAUCUGUUUGUAGUUGGUUUAAUGUCAAUCCACUACCAGAACAAGAAGGCAAGUUUUGGCCUUGAAAGUGGGUGGGGAGAAGUUGAAGAGAUUAUUGUGAUUUAAAGUUUUUUAGAUUUAUAAAAGUAAUGUCUUUAUAGCAGCAUUAUUUGUAACAGCCUAAAAUUGGAAACAGUUCAGUGUCGAUCUGCAAUACAAUGGACAAAUUUAUGUGUAUUGAUACAAUGAAAUACUAUAUAAACUGAUUAGAGUGAACUAACUACAGCCGCAUGCUACAAUAUAAAUGAAUCUCACAAAUACAAUGUUGAGCAAAUAAAACCAGACAUAAAAGAAUACAUAUUAUAUCAUUCCAUUCAUAUACACACAGGUGUCCACCUCUGUUCAAAAGUAGAGCAUUUCUGUGAAUCCUUUUGUAAGCUGGAAUGGUGAAAAGUGAAGAAGCAAUUACCAUUAGUUUAUAUGGGAAAGCUUUUGAGUGUUCCCAGAUCCAAAAAAUAACCUCUCAGACUUUUCUGUUAUUGUACACCACAUCUUGCUAAUGGAUACACAGUAUACAUCGAGAUAAAGCACAGAAGCUUGUAGACAGAGUUUAAAGUUAUGGUGGCUUGAUGCUGAGAUAAGUGUAGUUCCCCGGGGAAUGAGGUUGGUAUUGUCACUUGCUACUCAGGGUACACACUGCCUCUAUAAUGCUGCAAAACAAAUGCUGAAUGGUGUUUUUUCACUUUUCGUUGCCUUUUUAUAAAACCAAAAAAUUGUCUUUGGAUUUCUUUUGGUUAACGAAAGCAGGUACUAUAUAUAGGUCUUUCAUAAAAGUGAUGUGGCAUAAUGUGGACUUUUGAAAAGUGGGAGAUAUAUGUAUAAUUAAAAGAUCAGACAUAGCUAUUGUGACUCUUGGUGUAGGUUCAGAGGAAUGUUUAGUAAAGAAAAGUUAGAAAUUAUUCUCACUUUUGAGAAAGGGAGAUAGGAAAACAAAUUAUAGCAUAAGGUAGUGUGUCUUAAAAGUAUAUACAGAGUAGAAGCACACAAAGAAAAAUGGUUGAUUUCAUACCAUGACAACGAAUUGAAUGGGGAAUGUAUAGAGUUUCCAGGAAACCUCCAGAAUGGAGUCUAAACCUUCAAGGAUUCCAAGAAGAAUUUCUGUUCAACCCCCCAGCUCUUUAAGUGCUAGGAUGAUGUCUGGAAGCAGAGGAAAUAGUUUAAAUGAUACCUAUCACUCAAGAGAGUCUUCAUUUAGACUGGAUUCUGAAUAUCAGUCUACAUCAGCAUCAGCAUCUGCAUCACCAUUUCAGUCUACGUGGUAUAGUGAAUCUGAGAUAACUCAGGGAGCACGAUCAAGAUCACAAAACCAGCAACGGGAUCAUGAUUCAAAAAGACCUAAACUUUCCUGCACAAACUGUACAUCUACCUCAGUCGGGAGAAAUAUUGGACAUGGUUUAAAUGCAGUAUCAGAUUCUUCAUGGAGACAUAAUCAAGUUCCCAGAUCUUCAUCAAUGGUACUUGGAUCAUUUGGAACUGACUUAAUGAGAGAGAGAAGAGAUUUAGAGAGAAGAGCAGAUUCUUCCAUUAGUAAUCUUAUGGAUUAUAGUCACCGAAGUGGUGAUUUCACAACUUCAUCAUAUGUUCAAGACAGAGUUCCUUCUUCAUAUUCACAGGGAGCAAGACCAAAAGAUAACUCAGUGAGCACUUUACAGUUGAAUACAUCAUCCACAAACCACCAAAUGCCUUCUGAACAUCAGACCAUACCAUGUUCUAGGGACUCUAGUAGAAAUUCUCUAAGAUCAAAUUUUUCUCCAAGAGAAUUGGAAUCUUCCCAAAGCAGUACACAACCUGGAUUUUCUUAUAUUUCAAAUAGAGAUGAAACCUCAAGCAGUUCAGAUAGGGUUGGUUCAUCUCAAAGAUCAUUUCAAGAAUCUUCUGACAACGAAGGUAGACGUUCAACCAGGAGAUUGCUGUCACGUAUAGCUUCUAGUAUGUCAUCUACCUUUUUUUCACGAAGAUCUAGCCAGGAUUCCUUGAAUACAAGAUCAUUGAGUUCUGAAAAUUCUUAUGUGUCUCCAAGAAUCUUGACAGCUUCACAGUCUCGUAGCAAUGCAGCAUCAACUUCUGAUGUUCCCGAUAAUAGGGCAUCUGAAGCUUCUCAGGGAUUUCGAUUUCUUAGGCGAAGAUGGGGUUUGUCCUCUCUUAGCCAAAAUCAUAGCUCUGAGCCAGAUUCAGAAAAUUUUAACCAAGAACCUGAAGGUAGAAAUACAGGACCAUGGUUAUCUUCCUCACUUAGAAAUAGAUGCACACCUUUGUUCUCUAGAAGGAGACGAGAGGGACGAGAUGAAUCUUCAAGGAUACCUACCUCUGAUACACCACCUAGAUCUCAUCAUAUUUUUAGAAGAGAAUCAAAUGAAGUGGUUCACCUUGAAGCACAGAGUGAUCCCCUUGGGGCUACUGCCAACAGAUCACAAGCAUCUGCAGCUUCAAGUAAUGCUGCUACAGGUGGCUCCACAUCAGAUUCAGCCCACAGUGGAAGAAAUACAGGAAUAACAGGGGUCCUUCCUGGUUCCUUAUUUCGAUUUGCAGUCCCCCCAGCACUUGGAAAUAAUUUGACUGACAAUGUCAUGAUUACUGUAGAUAUUAUUCCUUCAGGUUGGAGUUCAUCUGAUGGAAAAAGUGAUAAAACUAAAAGUGCACCUUCGAGAGACCCAGAAAGACUACAGAAAAUAAAAGAGAGCCUCCUUUUAGAGGACUCCGAAGAAGAAGAAGGUGACUUAUGUAGAAUUUGUCAGAUGGCAGCUGCAUCAUCAUCUAACUUGCUAAUAGAGCCAUGCAAGUGCACAGGAAGUUUGCAGUAUGUCCACCAAGAAUGUAUGAAAAAGUGGUUACAGGCCAAAAUUAACUCUGGUUCUUCAUUAGAGGCUGUAACCACCUGUGAACUCUGUAAAGAGAAGUUGCAGCUUAACCUGGAGGAUUUUGAUAUUCAUGAACUACAUAGAGCUCAUGCAAAUGAACAAGCUGAGUAUGAGUUUAUCAGCUCUGGUCUCUACCUAGUUGUGUUAUUGCACUUGUGCGAACAAAGCUUUUCUGAUAUGAUGGGAAAUACAAAUGAACCAAGCACACGUGUCCGAUUUAUUAACCUUGCAAGAACUCUUCAGGCACAUAUGGAAGAUCUCGAAAGUAGGUGGAAUUUCCCCUUCCCAGACUUGUUGAAUUUACUUUUGCAAAUUAAACCCAUAGAGCAAAACCUAACUGUAUAUAUAUUCUUUCUACCAAAUUAGAGCUUCAUUUAUAGGCCUAAUAAUAACAAAAUAAUUGAUUUGGGAAAGAUGGGUUGGGCAACUGACAGGUUUUUUAAAGCAUUUUUUUUUAAUUCCUUUAAUUUUAAGGUACAGAAGGUUGUAUUUUAAGUAUUUUAUUUUGAAUAAAAUUUUAUUUUUGAACACCUUAAAACUUUCAAUCAAAAAGAAAACGAUUACUGGUCAGACCACACUUCUAAAUCUGUUAGAUUUGUGUGUGUGUGUGUGUGUGUGUGUGUGUGUGUGUGUGUGUGUAUGAAAUUUGCCUUGUUAUUCAGCUUUGUUAGAUCGUUAAAGGUUUUCCCUGGGUUUGUUACAGUUCUAGGAAAAUAGGGGUGAAAGAUUCCUAAUUCUGAGUCUAUAACAGAAGCCAUAGUUUUUUUUUUGCUCCUU